UUUGUUUGUUUGUUUUUGUUGUCGUGCGCCACUCUCCGUGAGUGCGCAUAUUGCUCGUGGGAUGGACCGCCCCGCAGCCUGACACGUGACCUGGGGCGUCCCGGGUUCGGUGCAAGAUGAUGUCGCUCAUAGACCUGGACGAUGAGCAGCGAUGGGUGCCCACGCACGUCAAUGUCACGGUGCUGCGGGCCAGGGGGCUGCGGACCCGCAGCAAGCACGGCAGCCGCUACCUGUACGCGGUGGUCCAGGUGGGCAAGGACAAGCACACCACGGGCCUGGUGGACAAGGCCGAGGUGCCCGAGUGGGCCGAGGAGUGCUGCUUCGAGCUCCUCCCGGGCAUCCUGGAGGACGAGGCGGAGGGCGGGUGCGGCCGCGGCGCCUACCCACCCGGCGGCGCCGACCUGGUCCUUACCGUCAUGCACCGGGUCCUGAUCGGACUGGACGUGUUCCUGGGUCAGACCGUCAUUCCACUGGAUCGCAUGUUCCGGGACGGGACGUGUCCGAGGGACCGGUGGUUCAAGCUCCACUCGAAAGCCGGGCGAAAGGAAAAGGAACGCGGCGAACUGCAGCUGACGGUCCAGUUCACCCGCAACAACAUGACCGCCAGCAUGUUCGACCUGACCGCCAAGGACGAGCGGCGCUCCGCUUUCGGCAAGCUCAAGGACCGCGUCACGGGGAGGAAGCGCCCGGAUGUGGAGUCGUCCUCGGCCAUCCUGCCGGGCCGCUACGCCGCACUCUCGGCGUCCACGGUUCCGCAGCCGCUCGGGGACGACGGUGGCGGCGCGGCUCCGAGGCGGCAGAACGCGGAUAUAACUGAGGACAAGAGGAGCAAGAUGAAAGAUUUCUUCAAAGGGAAGCUGAGAAAGUCAUCCGACACCAGGUCGUGCUCUUCCUUGGCCUCGGAGAGCAGCGCCUCUUCCGUGGCCAGCGACGCCCUCGGCCCUCCGCCCGUCUUAGGCCUGCUCUCAGACCUCCCCAGCUCGCCCAUCUACAGCACCGUAACAAGAGCGGACGCACACUACGGAGAACGAGAUCUGACUAAAACAGUGCUCACCUCCCAGCAUGCCACAAAGGUUCUGACCCACAAGAGAGCCUUCAGCGAUGAAGCUAGCAAGAUCACAACAUCUGCCCCAAAGACAAACCCUACCGUGGAGUCCCUCAAAGGCCAAAGUAUGACCCAGUCCAAGUCUUCCUUGUGUAUAAAUGGCAGUCAUGUGUACGACUCGGAGCCGUCGACUCCGAAAAGUGUCGGGGCCCUGCCGUCCAAGUUGGUCUUGUCAGAAAAAAGCUCCCCGCUGUCCCGUUCCCUACAAAACCUCACCAAGCGGAGCGAUGACAAAGGUUACUUUAGCGAGGGUAGACGAUGGUCAUUUGACAAGAUGAAGAAAGAGGGAAAGGGGGAAGAACUGGAGGUUUGGCCAGCUGAGAUAGAAGAUCGUCCUGAGCAGGCAGCAGCACCAAUCCUCCCCUCUGCUGCCGAUUCUUCCGACAAAGGUUGGAAGCUAAGAAAAACUUUAUUUUCUGGUGGUAGGAGCGAUUCUCUCCCUGCAAAAACUAAUGGAAAUCAGGCAGGAUCAACCUCCGAAGGGAGGCUCAGAGGCUGGUUCGGCUCCUCGGAAUCCCAGAACAAGCCAAGGCUGGAAGUUUCUCCCAAGGUAGAAAACACCUCAGCUAUAUCCCUUCCCAUCCUGCCUCAUUCCUCACCCUCUAACUACCACACUGGGGGCCACUGCUCGCCUGUUAAUCAGAGUCACACCCAUCCCAUGACCCCUCCAUCGACCCCCAUUUCCCCUUCCAACCCUUUCUUUGAGGAGAUGCAGAGGUCCCCACCUUUUGCACAUACCUCGUCACCCUUUCUUCCCACCUCUCAACCCUCUGGCCACCACACCCCAAGUCCCAUUCAAGGUGCUAGCAGCAUGGCCUCCAUCAAACGGGAACGUCCCAGGCCCGUUGCAAGACAGAUAUCAUUGCCCGAGUUUUUAUCCAGAGCGGCAACACCAAAGUCCUCCACGUCUGAGAGCGCACAGGAAUGGGAGGACUCGUUUGACACAUUUGCCUCAGGCAGGCUAAACUCACCGAAAAGCAAUCUCCCUCUGACGCAAGAAAGAACCACUCCAGCAUCCAGUCCGACUUGGGCGGCAAACAGCAAUCACUCACAAGAGCGGCAAAUUCACCUAGAGGAACCGCCACCGUUACCACCAAGGAGACCGGUAAGAACUCUGAUGAAUGAGGUAUACUCUGAUGGCUGGCUCCACAGAGGCCAAGAGUUAGCAGUCCACAAAGAAGCCCGAUUGCUCUCCCAGACAGGAGUGGCGUCACUGCAACAUGGGAAAGAGGCAGAGUACAAGACACUUGAAUUGAGUGUUUCACCUGACAGCGAGACUUCAUCUUUCCUCAAAGUUACCUCUCAACCUUUCAUUAUUCCUUCACCAAAAUUCACAUCCGAAGAAACGCUACAGAAGUCCAAGUAUGAACCUUUGGAAGACAACAGUGACUUCUGGGGGGGCAUGCUGUUUGAGCAAGACUUAUACAGGCGAGCUUGCCAGGGAAGAGUUACACAGCCCACUUUCCCAGCGUGUAACAACGCAGGGCUUAGGAAUCUUGUAGAUUGUGAGACAUCUGACGCUCACCUUUUGAGGAAGUUGUCUGAUUCUCCCCUAACGUCGGAUUUAAAGACUGGUAGGGCUCUGCCGUUGGUUGAGCCUACAGAGUCUUCCAUUAUCAGUGAAACUGCAUGCAUAAACAAUAAUAUGACUUUUUCAUCAAACUUAGGAGAUCUGAACAUGAAUGCGCGCAAUUAUGACAUCUGCUUUAUUGAUUCAGAUGGCUCUUCUCAGUCAGAGGAAGUUGAUCUAGUUAAAGGCCCAGCUGUGGUAAGUAGGACUGGUCCACAAAUGUCCCCAAUUGUACUUUACCACAAGAAGACCACACUGGGGGAUGCAUUCACAUCAAAAGACACAGGCAUACCCGAGAGAGAGUCAUGCUUAGAAAGAGCCACACAGUGUAACAAAACCUGCAAAGUCACUCCAGUUUGCCAGAAAUUUCCAGAUGAGACAAACAAUGCUGAAACCCAGAAGCAUCUGAUAACACAUGAACCUGAUUUUGGAAUUAAUUCCAGUGACGACAGAACUGAGAAGACCAAAAAUGACUGCGAUGAUAACGGAAACCCUCCGGCUGAGAUGGAAUUGUGUCCUCGGGUAGUUAGUGCGCGUGUUAGACCUAAAGGAAUGUCAAGAGUCAGCAGCAGAACUGAUCUUGGUCCAUUUUCUUUGCUCAUUAAGGAAGGUGCGGCUUCCUAUCAACCCAUUAAAUCAUCUCUAUCCUCCAAUGGGGAAUUGGAUAGCUUGAAUAAAACCCCAGAAAUACCUUCAAACAGCAAUCUUUUAUUGGAAGACUUUGAGACCGGAAAACCCUCUGAGACAACAUUUAAAAUCCUUCAUGCCAAAGUAGCCCCCCAAUUGAAAAGCCCUCCAGAGACUGGGAAGGGUUCUUUGCCCACCUCAUUGGCUUAUCCACCUGUUAACCUCCCCCCGUCCCCUGCCUGUUGCCCCUCCAUACAUCCCUCAGGCAGGUCUCUGACUGUGACCCCCUACACAUCUUCCACUAUCGAGCAGCCUCAGGCCGAUGCACAGCACUCACUUUUGCCUGAGGAGACUCAGCCAGCUUGCAACCUGCCCCUGAACCAGGAGAGCAGAUCCCAGCCAGUGAAGCCUUUGAGUCAGUCAGAGAAGAAGGAGAGCCGUUCGGUUCUGGAUAAACUCAAAUCCACCAUCAGCCCGGGACGCGCUGCCCAGCAGGCGGCAACUGAGCCGGAGAAAAUGGAGGAGCCGGCGGAGGACCGACGCGCCUUGUACCAGCACCUGACCAACAUGGAGCUCAUCUCCUUGCUGCUGCAGCAGGACAAGGACAUGCGCCAGCAGCGGGCGGCGUCCGAUCUUCAGCGCGCCCGGCUAGAGAAGUGCGAGGGCGAGCUGAAGAAGGUCAAGGCGCAGGUCCGCGACCUGGAGGACUACAUCGACAACCUGCUGCUGCGCAUCAUCGAGCAGACGCCGACGCUCCUGCAGGUGCGCUCCAGACACAAGUGAGAGCGGCGCCACCGCCGCGCCCCUCUUGUGUGGAAGUAGUCUUUAAAGACCGUCGGCCACAGACGACUGAUACUGCCCUGUUCGGACAUCCUCACACCACUUGCAUGCAGCUAAUAGUAGUUUGACGCACAGAAAACACCAUCAAAGCUUCAAUUAAGCCGAUGCUUACUAGAAAAAGUUGUGGUAGUAUUAAAUUCCUAUGCAUAUACAAUAUUAUAAAUAUUAUUUUAUCAUCACUAUCAGAAUACAUGCAAAUACUGACAGGCUAGCAAAAAACUGUCUCAGCAGUGCAUACAUUAUAUAUUUUUUCAAAAUGAUUUGCACUUUCCGAACAGUUUUGGGUUACUUAGCUGCUGGUUCUGGUCGCAGGCUAAACCCACCAAAAUGUAUUGGUGCACAGUAUUUUCACACUACUGUAGUUGAGUUUGAGUUUAUUUGGAACAUGCAUGCAUACAACAUGACACAUCGCAAUUUCCAGUUCCUCGAUUCAACAUGUUCGAAAAGGAGUAGGAAGAGGCAGAGCUUAUUUAAUCCUACCCCUUUUCUUUUACAUAACAGUUGUUCACUUCCUGUUCCCAAUGUAUUCACAAUUCACUCCAUAAGUAAUAACAAUACAAAUAAAUAAAUAAUUAGUGAAGUAAGUUAUAUUUCAUAUGGUGAGAUGAGUAAGAUUAUCUUGACAAUGAAUGGAUGGAUGAGUUAAAUUCAGAAUGUUUAUCAUGGUUCUUUGUACUUUGUAAACACUUUAAGUUUGAGGAGUUUCUUGAAGUGGAUCAUAUUAGUGCAUUGUUGGAUUUCUUUGCUUAAUCAAGUCCAUGAUUUAAUGCCAAAAGAGAAGCAAUAAUACUAUUUAAGUUUGUUUUUCCAAGCUCCAUCCUAUUAAUAAAGUGUCAACCUCACUGUACGGUGUCGACUCUCUGCUGCGAUGCUCGCUCCUGACCACUAGAGGGGGCGCUCACGCCAAUGUUUUUACAGCUGUAAAAAAAUAUUAUUUUCUUAACUUUUGUUUGGAGAAAAAAAAUUAGCAAUUAAGGCAACAAAACGUAGUUUUAAUCCAAGGUAAUAAUUAUAAUGUUCAUUUGUUUUUAUGACCUGAACAUUUUUUUUGUGUAUGUAUCUCCAGGCUGUUUAUCGAUAAGGAGCAGUUACGUAACCGCAUCGAUCAUUCGGGAUGUGUCGUCGAGCGCUGUUGCUAAAGGGGGGGAAGAGGACUACACUUCCCAGCAGGCUUUGCGCGGGCUGCCCUCCUUUUUCACUUACUUUGAACGGCGAGGGAGAGUUGUGUACUUGAGGACGGUCUCGCCGUCUCCAUUAAUAAUAAAUAGACACUCUGCUGUCAUGGCGGAAGCGGCGGCAUGCCCUGCCUUCCGGCUCGGGGGCUCACGCUACGAUCAGGGUUCAUUUCUGGGCCGUCUGAGACACUUUGUGGACAUCAUUGACCCGAGCACACUGUUCGUGUCGGAGACGCGUCUUAAAGAGAGCAUCAAACUCCUGGACGACUUUAAACACGGGACGCUUCCUGCAGGGGUCUCCGAUUUUC